GGAAGCUGGCUUCCUGAAGCUUCCUCGGUCUCAAAGACAGACCGACAGACAGACAGACAGCUGGCUGGAGGCGGCCCUGGGGGGCGCAGCUGCUCCGGCAGACCUCACGGCUGAGUGAGCCUCCCCCGGGCCCAGCAGCCCCCAGCAUGGUCCAGGCCUGUGGGGGGCGCUCCGGAGCACAGCCGACAGCCUGGUCUUUGGGGACAGCCAUGACCCAGCCUCCGCCCGCCAAGGCGCCGGCCAAGAAGCACGUGCGGCUGCAGGAGAGGCGGGGCUCCAGCGUGGCGCUGGUGCUGGACGUGCGCUCCCUGGGCGCCGUGGAGCCCAUCUGCUCGGUGAACACGCCGCGGGAGGUCACGCUGCACUUCCUGCGCACCGCCGGCCGGCCCCUCACCCGCUGGGCCCUGCAGCACCAGCCCCCCAGCCCGCAGCAGCUGGAGGAGGAGUUCUUGAAGAUCCCCCCAAACUUUGUCAACCCAGAAGACCUGGACAUCCCCGGCCACGCCUCCAAGGACCGCUACAAGACCAUCCUGCCCAAUCCGCAGAGCCGCGUCUGCCUUGGCCGCGCCCGGAGCCGGGAGGACGGGGACUACAUCAACGCCAACUACAUCCGCGGCUACGGCGGGCAGGAGAAGGUCUACAUCGCCACCCAGGGCCCCAUGCCCAACACCGUGUCGGACUUCUGGGAGAUGGUGUGGCAGGAAGGCGCCUCCCUCAUCGUCAUGCUCACUCAGCUCCGGGAGAGCAAGGAGAAAUGCGUCCACUACUGGCCCACGGAGGAGGACACGUAUGGGCCUUUCCGGAUCCGUGUCCAGGAGGAGAGAGAGCUCCCGGAGUACUCCGUGCGGCAGCUCAGCAUCCAGCACCAGGAGCAGUGCCGGUCGGUGAGGCACAUCCUCUUCUCGGCCUGGCCUGACCACCAGACCCCGGAGUCGGCGGGGCCGCUGCUGCGCCUGGUGGCCGAGGUGGAGGACAGCCUGGAGACGGCAGCCGGCACGGGGCCCGUCGUGGUCCACUGCAGUGCAGGCAUUGGCCGGACCGGCUGCUUCAUCGCCACCCGGAUAGGCUGCCAGCAGCUGAGGGCCCGAGGGGAAGUGGACAUCCUGGGCAUCGUGUGCCAACUGCGGCUGGACAGGGGCGGCAUGAUCCAGACGGCGGAGCAGUACCAGUUCCUGCACCACACCUUGGCCCUGUACGCUGCGCAGCUGCCGGGGGAGCCCGGCCCCUGAGCCCUGGUGCCCUGCCCCGGCCCGGGCGCCUCUCCCCCGGGCCUGGGAAGGUGGGCCUUCCGACCUGCGGACCUCCUGGAUGGCCACGGGAAGGGGUGGCCCCCGCGGCCAGCGUGGGGUCACAGGACACCGAUCGGCCACGGCCACAGCCAGACACCAGGUCCUCCCCACUGGCCGCCCCUCUGCUCGCCCUGGUUGCCCCAAGCGGACCCCAGGGGAACCUGCCCGUGCCUCUGACCGGAGGACGGGGGGCUCUCAGCACACCUGCGAGAGCCGCCCAGGCGCCCUGUGAGCGGCGGCCUCCACGCAACCGGCAGGGACACCUGCGCUUUGCUGCCGCUCAGGAAAAACGGUGGGAAACGGCUCGUGGCCCCGCCCUCCCGGGCCGUCAGGACCGCCUGGCCCUGCGCCCUGCCCAGGACAGACCGGAUGCUGGGGCCAGAGGCCUGUCCGGACCUCGGUCGGAUUGCCCUGCCGGGACGCACCUCCUCACCCCACACCUGUGAGGGCGUCAGCCUCUCGGACGCCCUCUGAGCCCACAGGUGUCCCGGGGGUGACGGGUGUGCGGAGGAACAGGCCGGGCUGCUGACAUCUCAGGAAGAGGGAACGUGUGGGGACCCCCCUCCCAGGCCCAGAGGCGCGGCCCUGCCUCCGGAGCUGCCUACUGGCCACUCACCCCGGCUCCUCCCGAGAGAGGCCCCGCACCCCCGGCGGGGCAGAGACGGAGCUGUUUUCUUCACGCUUCCGCCCGGCCCUGCUGGGGAAGCCCACCUUCCCCACAGCCCUGCAGGGGGCUGGGCGCCCUGUGUGCCCGGGCAGCUGGGCCCUGUGCUCCCGGGGGCCCUGCCCGGACGCAGACGGCCCCAGUGUGGAGGCGGGCUCCCCCGCCCCGGGCCCUCGGCCCCACCACGGUCGGCGCCCACAGGGGGUGCCCGCAGGGGGCGCCGCUCUGGAGAAGGAACCGAGUGAGAAAAUAAAAGCCUCGAGCGGCCAAUUCUC